CUAACCACUCGUUAUCUACAAGCAGUCGCAUCGUAGUCAUCAUGGCGUGCGGUCGUGUGUUGACCAACAUAUUAAUUUUAGUAAUAUCAUGCUCAUUAGUGCACGCGACUGUGUUUACCAGAUGUCAUUUGACCCGCGAGCUGCUGAAGUUAAACUUUUCAAGGACUUUUAUUAGUAACUGGGUCUGUUUAAUAGAACAAGAAAGUGAUAGAAAUACUUCUGCUCUAGUAGUAAAGUCUUCCAGAAGAAAAUACUAUGGCCUCUUCCAAAUUGGUAGUGAAUGGUGCAAAGAGGGGCGAAGAGGUGGUAAAUGUGAUAUCACAUGUGAAUCUUUGCUGGAUAAUGACAUAAAAGACGACGCUAGCUGCGCUCAGAAGGUAUUCGAAAUGGAGGGAUUCAAGUAUUGGCCUAAAUGGGAGGCCCGAUGCAAAGGACAGACGUUACCGGACGUAGAAAAAUGUCCAGAUUGGCAGUACCCAUCACCGCGUGCCUCUCCCGCAAGAGACAAGAGAAUGUUGAUGCGAAAGAACAGAUCACUAAGGAGGAUCCUAGCCAAAUUUAACAAACCCACAUUUGUAGAAUAAUAUACAAAAUAAAACAGA